AUGUAUAAUCUGCUCUGUGCAGACGGGUUCAAAUACCCUAAGCAAGAAACUUACGUCUUAGACCUGCUUCCCACCGCAGCAGGCCUUGCAGUAACGGCAUCAGAUCAGACUGUCAGUAUCUUUGACCCCCUCGGAUUGAGCCAGGGCCCUAUCAAACAGGUUACCACCGAUCAUGGGAAUCUCAGGGCAGCCAAGGUGUAUAGCCCAAUUGAGUCGAUAAUUUGCACAGCAGGAGAAAAUGGGACUGUGGCCGUUUGGGACUUGCGCCAGGCUCCAGGGAACGCCAAAGCUCUGCAGUUAGGAGGAAACCUACCAAGCCUGUUGUCUUUGGCUUGCUCCAGCGCAACAAACACCGUCUAUGCCGGCACAGAGCUGUUAACACCGCACCCUACGUUCCCUACGCACCUUCUUUCUGGCUCGACUGACGGUCUCGUCAACAUUAUCGAUACAUCUAUCAUAGAUGAGGACGAAGCAGUUCAGGCUACCUUCAACCAUGGUUCAGUGCAUAAGGCCGGUUUCCUUAACGUGGCCGAGGUCUACGCAGCAUCCCACGACGAAAAACUAGCUCUGUAUGACUGGAGCGACACGAAUCAAGAGAAAGGCGCUGCUACGAUGGAUUUCGGGGAUAUUCGGCAACUUCUUGGGGGAGGGGUUCGGUACCUAGCGGACGUGGUGCCUAAGGUGGAUGGGAUCGGUGCCGUGGUGGGCGUUGGCGGCCAAGACAACGAGAUGUUCCAGUUGAUUCACUUGGCUAAAGGCCCGACAGGGUGGACGCUGGACCGGGAGACUGUGGUUGGGCUGCCUAGGGCACAUGGCUCUGAACUUGUAAGAGGCUUUUGCUUCUUCGACGAGCAGCAGGUUGUAUAUACAGGUGGCGAGGACGGGUGCGUGAAAGCUUGGAGGCCUAGCAGCUAG